AUGAAUUCUUCUGAAGAUGGUGUUUCUACAUCUACAUUUAUUACCAGAAAAUCCAGUUCGGGAAGACCUGAGAUGCAAGUAUGGAACCAUUUUAAUAAAACCAUUUCUAGUAGUAGGGGACAUUAUGCAGCUACCUGUAAUUAUUGUGAAAAAAUUUGGGCACGUGGUAAACCAGAUGAACUUCAAAAUCAUCUUGCAAGUGAAUGUGACAAGUGUCCAGAAACUAUCUGUGAUGAAUUCAUUGAAAUCAUUUCAAAUUGGACUACAAGAUUGAAUGAUAACAAACAAAAUAAUAUCAAUCAACAACUUGAACCAGCCAAUGACUCACCCAGCUGUACAUCAAUUUCAAAUACCAUUUUAAAUCCAGAAAAUGCUCAAAUUACAAUAAAAAUCAAUGAAGAACUUCAAAAAGAAGAGAAUAUUACAAUUGGAUGUGGAUUACAAGAUAAUAUAUUUAGAGAGAAUUGUUUGUUUGCUGGUGAAUUGUUGCAAAAAAUUGGUUAUAACACAUCAGCAGUUAAUUGUUUAAUAGCUCAUAGAUAUUGGCUUAAUAAACCUCCAUUUGAUCUGGGGUUUGAUUCUUUAAGAGAUACACCUGUCACUUGGUGGCAAACAUGUGUUGAAAAACCACCUUUUAUUCAGACAAUUGCUCUUAAUUUACUAAGCAUUGUACCGCAUUCAGCAAAUUGUGAAAGAAUCUUCUCUGUGCUUCAAUGGUUUUUUGGUCAACGAAGAUCAAGGUUAGAUCCAAACCAGAUUUCAAAGAUGGCCAGAAUUCAUUCAUAUUAUAUAUCAAAUUCAAAAAAUCUAUUACAAUAUUUUGGUCAAGAAUUAACAUCUGAACAAAUUGAAGCACAAGUAGUUAAUGCAACAUAUCAUCUUACUAAUUCAAAUGAAAUUGAAGAAGAUGUCCCAUUUGCUUCCUUAUCAGAUGAUGGAGAUGAUGAAUUACCUCAAGACUCUAGAACAUUUUGUAAGUGA